CAGAGAUUUUUCUCCUCGAUCUCUCCUCUCCUCGACCUCACAGCUCUGUCACUCUCCUCUCCUAGCAGCAGCAUAUAUAGCACAUAUUUAUAGACACAAACAAGUUAGAAACCAGCGAACGAGCUCAAACCUCAAAGCAACCUUGUCUAAGUGAUCCUUGCCGAGGAUCACUGGAGUCUUGGAUGGCCGCCUACUUCAUCCUUGUAUGCAUCUUCGUUUCUCUACCCAUCGCUUCGUACGUCCUAUACGCAAUCCGGCGGCAGAAGAGGAAACCCCAGGGCCGCCAUGAUCAAGCCGUCCUCAAGCUGCCGCCUGGCUCCAUGGGCCUGCCUUACAUCGGCGAGACCCUUCAGCUCUACUCCAAGGACCCUGGCGUCUUCUUCUCCUCCAAGCUGAAGCGGUACGGCGAGAUCUUCAAGACGCACAUCCUGGGGUGCCCAUGCGUGAUGCUGGCGAGCCCGGAGGCGGCGCGGUUCGUGCUGGUGUCGCGGGCGCACCUGUUCAAGCCCACGUACCCGCGGAGCAAGGAGCGUCUCAUCGGCCCGUCGGCGCUCUUCUUCCACCAGGGCGACUACCACCUCCGCCUGCGCAGGCUCGUCCAGGGUCCGCUCGGCCCUGAGGCCCUGCGCAAGCUCGUGCCGGACGUCGAGGCCGCCGUGCGGUCCACGCUCGCGUCCUGGGCGGCCGACGGCGACGCCGCCAGCACUUUCCGAGCCAUGAAGAGGCUCUCGUUCGACGUCGGCAUCGCGACGAUCUUCGGCGGACGGCUGGACGAGCAGCGGAAGGAGGAGCUGAGGCGGAAUUACGCCGUCGUGGAGAAAGGGUACAACUCCUUCCCCAACAGCUUCCCAGGGACGCUCUACUACAAGGCGAUGCAGGCGAGGCGGCGGCUGAACGGCGUGCUGAGCGACAUCGUGCGUGAGCGGAGGGCGCAGGGCGAGCCUGGCGCCGACCUGCUCGGCUGCCUGAUGCAGUCCCGGGACGGCGGCGGCGACCACCACCACGACGGCGCGCUCCUCACGGACGAGCAGGUCGCCGACAACGUCAUCGGCGUGCUGUUCGCGGCGCAGGACACGACGGCCAGCGUACUCACCUGGAUCGUCAAGUACCUCCACGACCACCCGAAGCUGCUCGAGGACGUCCGGGCGGAGCAGGCGGCGAUCCGCGAGGCCAACGACGGCGGGAAGCGGCCGCUGACGUGGGCGCAGACGAGGAGCAUGACGCUGACGAGUAGGGUGAUUUUGGAGAGCUUAAGGAUGGCGAGCAUCAUCUCUUUCACCUUCAGGGAGGCCGUGGCUGACGUGGAGUACAAAGGGUUCCUUAUCCCCAAGGGACUCCAGUCCUUUAGUAAAAAUGUCGGCGUACUGCAAGGAGGAGGGAACAUGGAGAACGCGCACAGCACCAAGAGCAACCUUCUCACGGACGAAAUGGAUAUCCAGCUCAAUGUGUUUGGUUCGCCUGUGAUGUACUGGAUUGGCCGUCAUGUAUACUGCACUGAAAUUAUCGCAAUAAACAAUGGUGGCUGUAUGAAUAGGACAGUGCAACUCCUGAAGUAUAUGGCGAACCCAACAAGUUUCAGCAACACAGGCGGCCACGGCACGAUAUUCUGCUUCAGCCGAAGAGCGAGAUACCGUGGUUUGUCGGCGAGAGGACCAGCUUAUGAGAUUGUCUCCAAGAUAUAUGCAGUACCCGGAAGUAGAGCGUCUGGUAUCUGGGCAACCAGCCCAGUCGGCAUCUGA